GACUGGCUCGUCGAUCGGAGUCUGCUGACGUCUGCGAUUUUUCGUUGUGCCACACUCCAGACACGAUGUGCGUGGACGGGGCGAUGAAGCCCAGCUCCAGAGAGCCGCCUUGGCUGGCUGCGGUCACAGCCCCGGCGCACGGCUUGCAGCCGCCGGCACCCGAGGGCGGCGCCAGGAAGACCAGGGCCGAGGGCGAACAGGACAUCUGGGCACCGGACCAGGCCUCCACGGACGCGAGCAGCUCGAACGCGGGCAGCUUGGAAGACGAGUCGGACCACGACCAGACGGAUGCUGCGGCCAUGGCGCAGAGGUACGAGCCGCUGGAAGUCGUCGGUCGUGGGGCCUAUGGUACCGUCUUCCUGGCGAGGGAUCGCGACACCAACGAGCGGGUUGCGCUCAAGCGGUUUAUGUUCGACGAGGGCCACAGUGACGGCGUGCCGGCCGACGUAAUCCGCGAAGUUUCUUUGUUGCGGGAUUUCGCCCACCGCAAUAUCGUGCAGCUCAAGGACUUCCAGAUCGUGAGCAUGGUAGAGUAUCAGCUGGUCUUCGAGUACGUCCCAGACGACCUCCACCAGGUCCUCAAGGGCUACCGUCUGGCCGGCACCCAGUUGCCCCUGGCGGACAUCUUCCAUCAUUUCGCGGGCCUUCUCAAUGGACUCCACGCCUGCCAUUCCGUGGGCAUUAUCCACCGCGACAUCAAGCCGCAGAAUAUCCUCAUCCACCCGGUUGAUGGCCUCAAGAUCUGCGAUUUUGGCCUCGCGCGUACGUUCUGGCGUCCCGCCCACAAGUACACGCGAGAGGUCGUCACCCUAUGGUACCGUGGCCCGGAGCUGCUUCUGGGACAUCCCCAGUACGGCCCCGAGGUGGACCUCUGGUCUGCUGGCUGCGUCCUCGCUGAGAUGGCCACUGGCCGCCCGACGUUCCCUGGAGACUCCGAAAUAACCACCGUCUUCAAGAUCCUGGAGCUGCUGGGCACCCCCACCGAGGCCACCUGGCCUGGCUUUGAGCACCACCUCGCGCACUGGAGCCCGCACUUUCCGAAGCUGCCGCCCACCGACCUCGGCUCCAUCCGCGAGAGGCGCCCCGAGCUCAGCGAGGCCGGGAUGGACCUCCUGCGGUCCCUGCUGGUGAUGAACCCCGCCUCGCGCCUCACUGCCCGGAGGGCGAAGGCCCACGCCUUCCUCUCGCGGGCCAGUUCCCCGCUGCAGCAAGGCUCGAUCUGGUGA